AUGAAUUCGGGCGGUGAACAAACAAUAAUGGAACAACCCGCUCAGCAGCAGCAGCAGCAACAACAACAGCAGGCUGCGGUUCCUCAACAGCCGCUAGACCCAUUAACACAAUCGACGGCAGAAACCUGGCUCUCCAUAGCUUCCUUGGCGGAAACCCUUGGUGAUGGUGACCGGGCUGCAAUGGCAUAUGACGCCACUUUACAAUUCAAUCCCUCCUCCGCAAAGGCUUUGACGUCGUUGGCUCAUUUAUACCGUUCCAGGGAUAUGUUCCAAAGGGCUGCAGAAUUAUAUGAAAGGGCUCUUUUGGUGAAUCCCGAACUAUCAGACGUGUGGGCUACAUUAGGUCAUUGUUAUCUGAUGCUGGAUGAUCUGCAAAGAGCUUAUAAUGCCUACCAGCAAGCUCUAUAUCAUCUCAGCAACCCGAACGUACCGAAAUUAUGGCACGGUAUCGGUAUUCUUUAUGACCGAUACGGUUCGUUAGACUAUGCCGAAGAAGCGUUCGCCAAAGUCUUGGAAUUAGACCCUCAUUUUGAGAAGGCAAACGAAAUUUAUUUCAGAUUGGGUAUUAUCUACAAACACCAGGGCAAAUGGUCUCAAGCUUUGGAAUGCUUCAGAUACAUUCUUCCUCAACCUCCUGCUCCUUUGCAGGAAUGGGACAUAUGGUUCCAAUUGGGUAGUGUUUUGGAGAGUAUGGGUGAGUGGCAGGGCGCAAAAGAGGCCUAUGAGCACGUUUUGGCUCAAAAUCAACAUCAUGCUAAAGUAUUACAACAACUGGGUUGUCUUUACGGUAUGAGCAAUGUACAAUUCUACGACCCUCAAAAGGCAUUGGAUUACCUCCUAAAAUCACUAGAGGCAGAUCCCUCUGAUGCCACUACAUGGUACCACCUGGGUAGAGUCCAUAUGAUCAGAACAGAUUACACCGCUGCAUAUGAUGCCUUCCAACAAGCGGUCAACAGAGAUUCAAGAAACCCCAUCUUCUGGUGCUCCAUCGGUGUAUUAUACUACCAAAUAUCUCAAUACAGAGACGCCUUGGACGCUUACACGAGGGCUAUAAGAUUGAAUCCCUAUAUCAGUGAAGUUUGGUAUGAUUUAGGUACCCUUUACGAAACUUGUAACAAUCAACUGUCUGACGCUCUAGACGCAUAUAAACAAGCUGCAAGAUUAGAUGUAAAUAAUGUUCACAUUAGAGAAAGGUUAGAAGCUUUAACCAAACAAUUGGAAAAUCCAGGCAAUAUAAACAAAUCAAACGGUGCUCCCUCAAAUGCCUCUCCUGCACCACCUCCUGUGAUUUUACAACCUACCUUACAACCUAACGAUCAAGGUAACCCCUUAAACGCCAGAAUUCCAGCUCAGUCUCUUAACGCUGCUGCUUCAUUGGUACAACAACAGCAUCCUGCUCAACAGACGCCAAUUAACUCAUCUGCAACAAUGUACACUAAUGGAGCUUCUCCUCAAUUGCAAGCACACGCUCAAGCACAGGCCCAAGCGCAAGCACAGGCGCAGGCGCAGGCUCAAGCGCAGGCUCAAGCUCAAGCGCAGGCUCAAGCGCAAGCGCAAGCACAAGCUCAAGCACAAGCACAGGCACAAGCCCAAGCCCAAGCCCAGGCCCAAGCUCAAGCUCAGGCACAAGCACAGGCACAAGCCCAAGCCCAAGCACAAGCUCAGCAACACCAGGCCCAGCAACACCAGGCCCAGCAACACCAGGCCCAGCAACAUCAAGCCCAGCAACAUCAAGCUCAGCAACAUCAAGCCCAGCAACAUCAAGCCCAGCAGCAGCAGCAGCAGCAGCAGCAGCAACAACAACAACAACAACUGCAACAACAACAACUGCAAGCCUUACCCAGGCAACAGCAGCACCAAAAGGGAGUUUCUGUGCAAAUGCUGAACCCACAACAAGGACAACCGUACGUCACCCAACCGACUGUCAUACAAGCACAUCAACUACAACCAUUCUCGACACAAGCCAUGGAACAUCCGCAGGGCUCUCAGCUAUCACCUCAACAACAACUGCAAUCUAUUCAACAUCCACAACAACUUCAAAGCCAACAUCAGAGUCAACCUCAACCUUUGAUUCAACGUGGCCUGGAGCAGAAUUCCUUACCCCAAAAGAGAUACAUGGAAGGUGCCAUUCACACUUUAGUAGAUGCCGCCGUAUCCAGUAGCACACACCCCGAAAAUAACGCCAAAUCUCCUAAUCAACUACCUCAUUCCAUUUCAAACCAAACUUCUGCGACAGUAACACCAAACAUUGGACCACAGCCAAAGAAGCAAAAACUGAACUCUCCAAAUUCAAACAUCAACAAGUUAGUUAAUACUGCUACCGAAGAAAAUUCAGCGCAUGAGAUAACCAAUUCACCGCUACCGGUGGCAGAGUCUAAUGCUACUUCUAUACAAGAGGAAAAACCUGCAAGGGCAAACUCGAUACCUCCAGUGAUUUAUGCGCAAGAACCCUCGAAAGAAGCUACUACCAAUGAAGAAACCGCUAAACCAGCUCCUGUUCCUACACCAACGAACUCAUCCAAUGUAGAAGUCGAGCCAUUCGCUGCGCAAACGACUUUAUCUUCCGAAAAUUCAACAAACAGGGCGAAUGAGGAAAGUACUGCUGGGACCAUCGAACCUUUCACUGAUGCUAAUCCUGCAGAGGCAAGCCCAGGUGAAGAAGAUUUAAAGCAGCAUGCUAAAGAGGAAAAAAGCACUACGCCUGAAGCAACCGAAAAGAAGGAGCCACCAACCGGCGGGGAAAAUGAACCACAACAAGAGGACUCUCUCACCACAACGACAACAGCAACAGCAACAGUAAUCAAACCUACUUUGGAAACAAUGGAGACGGUAAAAGAGGAAACAAAAAUGCGCGAAGAGGAACAGACACCUCAAGAAAAACCCCCACAAGAAAAUUUACUUCCAAGAGAAAAUGUGGUAAGGCAAGUGGAAGAAGAUGAAAAUUAUGAUGACUAA